AAUGCAAGCGAAAAGCGCCGCUCGGAGAAGUUGGAGCGGGUUCUUCGCAGGGGCCUUUAGGCGGAGCUUACGGGAAAAGAGGAUCGCGGGUCUUCUGCAAAGUCUCCCCUCUCCUGGAAGCGGACUUUCCGAGGUCGGCCCCAUGACCCUGAACCGCGGCGACAAGCUGAGGUACCUGGACCGGCGGCGCGGCAGCAUGCCCUUUGCGGCGCACCAGCAGCAGCAGCACCUGCACCGGCGCAGCAUGCCCGUGGACGAGCGGGACCUGCAGGCGUCGCUGCCGCCGUCGCCGCGCGGCGAGCUCUCCGGCCUGGUGCGCUGCACCUCGUACAGCCCGGGCGAGGACGAGGCGCACCGCCAGGGCUGGGCGUCGGACGGCUCCACCGACUCGGUCAUCUCCUCCGGCAGCGACUCGGACAGCAACCUCUACAAAGUCAUCCUGCUGGGCGAGCACGGCGUGGGCAAGACCAGCCUGGCCAGGAUCUUCGGCGGCGUCGAGGACUGCCCCGAGGCCGACGAGGCCGGUAACACUUAUGACAGAUCUAUUGUUGUAGAUGGCGAAGAAGCCUCUCUUGUGGUGUUUGACAUAUGGGAGCAGGAUGAUAGUCAAUGGCUUCAGAAUCACUGCAUGAAAAUGGGAGAUGCUUACAUUAUUGUGUACUCUGUGACGGACAAAGUGAGCUUUGAGAAAGCUUCUGAGUUGAGAAUUCAACUACGAAGGGCGAGGCAAACAGAAGACAUUCCUAUUAUUCUUGUAGGAAACAAAAGUGACCUGGUCCGAUCACGCGAAGUCUCGGUAGAUGAGGGGCGAGCCUGUGCCGUUGUCUUUGACUGUAAGUUCAUCGAGACCUCAGCAGCUCUGCAUCACAACGUCAAGGACCUAUUUGAGGGGAUCGUGCGGCAAAUCCGGCUCCGCAAAGACAGCAAAGAAGACAAUGCCAGGCGAAUGGCCAACACCAAGAGAAGAGAGAGUAUAAGCAAAAAGGCAAAGAGAUUCCUUGGCCGGAUUGUGGCAAAGAACAAUAAGAAAAUGGCAUUUAAGGCAAAGUCCAAGUCCUGCCACGACUUGUCAGUGCUUUAAAAAUGGGUUUCUGCGAGACCAGAUGCUUUGUGUGCGUGUGUGGGAUGUGAAUGUUUCUUUGACUGUUAAGAGUGAGGGGAAAAAAGACUGAACACGACACCACACAGUGGGAAAAGCGUUCUCCUUCAUGCCUUAUGGUUCCUGAGAGAGACUUGGAAGUAAGAUGACUGUGUGUCUUCAUUUUUUAAAAAGAUUUAUAGGUUUCAGUCUGUGCAAGCAACUGAAUGAUUUCAGAUUCAGUGGCUUUGUAUACCUGCAUCUCAUUGUGUAUAUUUGCUGGCUGUUCUAUGAAUUUCCAGGAUAUGAAGGUAAGAAUGGAUGAUACAGGAGAGGGGAAAUGAGAGAGUAUAUUGCCAUAAACUCAUCCCCAUCACAGAGCAAAACUUGAAUACAUGUACGCAGGCUCGUACACUCUCUUCUCUUUGGGAUAUAUAUAAAUAGAGAUAUAUAUUAAAAAGCAAUGAUCUUUUGAAAAAUGUGGGCUGGAGAGGUGCCAUUCAAAGUGCAUUUGAAAGAAAAAUAGAUUUAAAUAUAAUUUUGAAGUUAAUUUGCACUUUCAUUAACUGUUGUUUUGUUUACAUGCAGAUUUUAUAAUAAAGUAUUUCUGGUUAUUACAA